AUGGACCACGGUGGUCAUGACCAUGGCGAUAUGGACAUGGGCAAGUGCAGCAUGAACAUGCUGUUCACAUUCUCGACAGAAAACUUGUGCAUCGUCUUCCCUCAAUGGCGAGUCACUGGGCUUUUCUCUCUACUGCUCUCCCUAGCCGCUGUCAUGCUCCUGGUGGCUGGUUACGAGGCCUUGCGGGACUUCACGCGACAAUACGAACUAUCUACUCUAGCCGCCCAAAAGGACCUGCCAUCUGCCCGCACAGCACGAGGAGCCGUCUCUGAAAGGCAGGGGAAAAUCACGCGUGCGGCCCUCUACGCGGCCCAGGUUUUUUAUAGCUUCUUCAUCAUAUGCACAUCUCCAAGGCUUCUUUUUAUGACGUAUAACGGUUGGGUCAUGCUGGCCGUUGCUGCAGGGGCAUUUAUGGGGCAUCUCAUGUUUGGAGAGUCACCUGCGUCAAAGUCCGUUUCGUGUCACUAG